GUGGCAUAAGUGGUUAGCGUGUUUGCCUCGCACCUCCAGGGUUGUGGGUUCGAACUCCACCUCCACCCUGUGUGCAUGGAGUUCGCAUGUUCUCCCUGUGCGUCAGGGGUGCUUCCUGGUACUCCAGCUUCCUCCCCCAAUCCAAAUACAUGUACUGUAAGCUGAUUGACAUUUCCAAAUUGUCGAUAAUGUGUGAAUGUGUGUGCGACUGUGCUCUGCGAUGGGUUGCCUCCCCCCUCCUUGUGCUCCAAGAUCCCUGGGAUAGGCUCCAGGCUUCCUGCGACCCUGUAUAGGAUAAUCGGUAUGGAAAAUUGAUGGAUGGAACGAGUCUUCUGUGCCAGGAGAGUUUUCAGGACUUUACGCUUUAUGGGUUCUCAGUCACCUGACAUGCUGAAGUUUUCUUUUUUUGGUCUUCCAGAGAUGCUAGUAAGAGAGCAACUGUUUAUAGCUGCUAUAAUAUAAGCUAUAACCAACUAUCUUGUCUCUUGGAUGUUCCAUGACAUUACAUUGUACCUAUAACGGUGUUGUUCAUUAAUAAAUUCCAAUUUCACACCACCUCUUCAAUUCUUCAAGCUUAGGUCAUAGUACACAAACACAAAGCUCUACUAAGAGUGUUACUAUUUACCAUGCCUAUUUUUGCGGUUUAAUAUGGAUUAGUUCACUUGAACUAGGGCCCUAGGUAGUACAGAUGCUUGUGUUGCAUGUAAACACGCCCUGAACAUUUCGGUGUUACACUAUUUUAGUCCCCCUUCACACAGCCUAGCCUCGCAAACACUGCAUUAGGACUAAUUUUUAUUUCUUCUCGCUGCAUAUACCUUUAUGCUUAUUUGUGCACUAUAAUAUAGAGAAAGCGCGGUAGAAAUGAUUAAUUAUUUAUGAAUUUACCUUUUAAGACAGUCAGCACUUACAUUACAAGGCUUGUUAUUUUGGCUAGCUGUCUGGUUUCUCCAUGUUAACGUUAGCUAAACUAGCUACAUAUGCUACUAGCAGCUACCAGCUGCUUAAUAACGUGUAAUAAGAUUACAGAAAAUAAAAUUACAGAAAAACAAAACUCGAAGCGUCAAAAAAAAUUCAGAACCAGGAGUUUUAACUUAACAUUCAAAUCGAUGCUUUGAAACGCUUGACGGAUAAACAAUAAACAAACAGUAGCACGGCGUUGUCUUAUUUAUUUGCUUCAGCUCCAGCUACUCAUUAAAGCUCGAAGAUGUCUGAAGUUAUCCUCACGUUUCAGACCCAGCUCUCUGGAGUUAUGGAGACAGUGUUUAAGGCUGCUAUAUUUGAGAUCACCAGGCUGGUGGAGGACAGUUUCCUGGAGGAAGUGUCCCGGAGCCGUGAGCAGGUGGAGUCUCUGAAGAAGAAGCUGCAGUGGUCUGAGAGCAAAGGCAGGAGAAGAUGUGCUGAGUGUGGGAACAACAAACCGUCCGGUGAAGAAAGGCGAGAGAAAUCAUCUCCAGCACAAACAGGUGUGGAAAACGCUCGGAUUCUUAAACAGGAGAGAAGUGCGGAGGAGAGCUGGAGAAGCUGUGGAGUUGACAAAGCAGUCGAACUUUCUGGAAUGGUGGAAUCUGAGCCCGUAUCUAGUCCGGUUAACACUGCGCAGCAUGCUGUUCAAGAGGAAGGAAAGAUGGACUGCAUGCUUAAAUCUGAAUCUGGUCAGACUUCCACUGCUACUGAGCUACAAGAUGAGUGGAAACUGAGUACUGAAGUAACAGAAGGCUCUGACAGGCCUGCUCCUAGUAAGACCUACAGUGAGCAGGAGCUGCAGCAGAUUCAGAACGACUGGAGCUCCGGGUUGGAUCAAGCCCCAGAACCUGAACCUGAGCAAGACAUGGACCAUAUCCAGCGUCUGCUCUAUAGAACUCGCUACAACAUGGAGGACUUGGGAAGCUAUAGCAACCAGGAGCUGGAUAUGGGAGGGAUGAAUGGACUAACAGACCCUCCUCAGAGAACUGGAGAGGUUUUGGGAUUCGGGGUGCUAGCAGGUUCUUUGCAGACUGACAUGGGUACAUCUGAGGAAUGCAGAAGACAGCUCAAAAAUAAACGAGCAAACAAAGGCUCACCGUCGUUACACAACACUUCAGAUAGCGGUGGCAUGGACUGUUUGCUUAUUAAUGAGGAUGGCUACUUGCAGGAUGUAAGCGGUCUCUCUCAGGCUCCAGGUUCACAUGCCGGAGACUCACAAGGACACCCGAUAUACAAUAGAGAUACAGUUAAUGAUAGUACUGAUUGCUUUUACAGUGGAAACGCAUUCAGCCAGCCACUAGAGCUGAAUAAUGGAUCUGCAGGAAUGUUGGGAGACAGAGAAGACAGGGAUCAUGCUUGCAAUCAGUGUAUGAUCAGUUUCCCCGACCAGGUUUCCCUUAAAGCGCACUUGAAUGGUCACCGUCAUCGCAACGUCACCACUUCCUACGUCUGCAACCAGUGUGGGAAGAAGUUCCCUCAAGCCUGCAACCUGAAGGUCCACCAACGCGUGCACCAGAGGGAGGGUCUGCACCUGUGCAGCCACUGCGGGAAAGGCUACACGUCCUUCAGCGACCUGCGGCGGCACCGAUGCAGCCAGGCUGGAGACAAGCCCUACAGCUGCUCACUGUGCGGGAACAAGUUCAGCCGCCUGUGGAACCUCAAGCUGCACCGGCGCAUCCACACGCAGGAGAAACCGCACCGGUGCAGCAUGUGUGACAAGAGCUUCACCCGGGCGGACAUCCUGAAGGUCCACCAGCGCACCCAUACUGGAGAGAGACCAUAUUCCUGCAGGAUCUGUGGACUCACCUUUAAACGCCUCGACCAUCUCAGAUCACACCAGCGCAAACACGGAGCCAAUCUGAAUAACCAUCAGAACUAGCCAGCUGUAGAAUAAUGACCUCUAUACAGCAUGACUUUUAUUUUUUAAUCGGUGACUAAUAUACAGAAUUGUAGUACAUUUAGUCCAAACGCUGGAGCUCAGUGACAUUUUUAAUGGAGGAAGGAGCAGGUUAGUGUAUUAAACGAGCAGGUUAGUGUAUUAAAGGAGCAGGUUAAUGUAUGAAUUGAGCAGGUUAGUCUAUUAAAGGAGCAGGUUAGUGUAUGAAUUGAGCAGGUUAGUGUAUUAAAGGAGCAGGUUAGUGUAUGAAUUGAGCAGGUUAGUGUAUUAAAGGAGCAGGUUAGUGUAUUAAACGAGCAGGUUAGUGUAUGAAUUGAGCAGGUUAGUGUAUUAAGCGAGCAGGUUAGUGUAUUAAGCGAGCAGGUUGGUGUAUUAAGCGAGCAGGUUAGUGUAUGAAUUGAGCAGGUUAGUGUAUUAAGCGAGCAGGUUAGUGUAUUAAGCGAGCAGGUUAGUGUAUGAAAUGAGCAGACUGUUAUAAAACAGAUAUGAUGCACUAUGGACUACACACAGCGGUCCUAUGGUUUCUUUAGAUCUUUAGUCUUAUUUAUUACAGUUGAUAUUACAAUUUUCAUAGUUUUAUUUGCUCCAAAAAUAUUUACUGCAGGUUUCACAGUGUUUUUAAAAUGUAUUGUGGUGUUUUAUUUUGCUAGACCUAAAGUUAGAUAUGACAAAAAUAGUUUCCACUAGGCUUGUACGGGGCAUAGAACAAGACAGCAAAAUUAGUUUUAGAAACUGCCAGGGGUGGACAAAUCACUCAUUUAUUUGCUCACUCUCUGGUCAAGUUGCCUGCAACCUAAUGAACCUGCCCAAAGUGGUAGCGACCUUCAUGUAACAAUGUAGUUAGGUAUCUAAAGUCCCUGUGAUGUGCCUCGAAACACGCAGCGUUAUUCGAUGUGUUGACGUAAUUUCAACUGAAACAGGAAGUCAGGGCGGGGCAUAUCAUGUGGCUCCUCCCGUCUUUUAAAAUCUCUAAUAGCUUUUAGGUGAGGUGAUUUUUAUUGUGUUGGGGGUGGGACACUUCAGAUUCUAGACAGCAUUUGAUUGGUGCUAGAGAGAGACUGUACAUUUUGAAUGCAUGUAACUUCUAAACGCGAAUUCAGUCAUUGUUUUGGAGCAAACUAGCUUAUAGAUAACCUUAAGGCCAACAUAUUCAUACUAAAAGCCACAAAACUUCAAUUUUGAUUUCAUGUGGACUUUAAAUGCAUUUAAUACAGACAAAGGAAAACGAAUGAUUAGGCUAUGUGAUCAUUAUCCUCUUCUAACAAAGUUUCUGAGGUAACACUUCAUCUUUGCAACAUGUUGUUGGCCAGCUAUGAACUUAAUCCAGUUAGUAAAAAUCGUCCUACCAUCACCCAGGUUGUGCCUCUGGCAAUGUGAGUAGUGAAGUAGGAAGCAGUAGGAUUGGGAAGUCAUAGCUUGUGCUAUAGUAACAGCAUCAAGGUACAGAACAUCACUGUGAAGCACAUUAAGUUUAAACAUGCACAUCGAACAAAAACUUAAACGAAAAGCCCAGACGUAAAUUCCUUUGUCCCAGGCAGACGUUCAAGCGAUUUGUCCACCCCUGCUGUUUUUUUUUUUUUCUUUAACUGUAUAGUAAGAUGUGAUAUAAAAUACAAUGUUCUCAUAUCUUGUCUAGAACUGUUUAAUUUUUUUGGUGUUCAUUCAAAUGUUGUAGAUAGUGAAGUGUUUCGUAUAUAUAUCUUACUAUAAAAACAUACAAACACACUUCAAGAAAAAUACCUAAGGAGUUUUUCUUCGAUUCUUAUAAGAAAUUCCAAAAGGCUGCUGUUGUAUCUGUGAUUUUUUCCAAGUAGAUCUAAACACACUAUUUGCCUUUUGGAUAUUGGACAUCUACUGUAAGUCAGUGCUUGUGUAAGCUAUGCAUAUUUGUUCAGCAAUGAUGUGCUGCCAAAGUGUAUUGAAUGACACAUAAAUGGAUCGAGAACUAAUAUGUAAUUCAAAUGUAGUAUUUGAAACUAUUAGCGAGAAUCCUAGAAAUGAGGCUGAAAGGCAAUUCAAUUUUCUAACCAAGUUUUGUGAGAAAUGCGUAAAUAUUUAUACGCAACUCAUUCAGGAACCCGAGGACAUGACUUCCUUUUUUCUUUUUUUUUUUCUUUUUUUAAAAUUAGAGUUGUAUACAGUCCUUUGCCCUGUAGAAACCUAUGGGAGAUCCUUUCUUACGUUAUUCAACUUUAGAAGCACAAAACACCACUAAAUAAUUGUCAUUUUCCUUCAGUGGCCUCUUGAAUAUUUAGGUAGUAUGCAAGGUAGUUUGUGUCAUGGUUUAAAGGAAGUGAGUGUUAGAAAUUCCUGUAAGUACUGUUUAAUACUGCAGUGCCUCUGUAAUUACUUUGUUUUGCAAAAUGAGACCUAGUCUCUUAUUUAAUACUAUUUUAACAAUGAAUGUUUUACUGAGUCAUGUUUACAUAUUUAGCUACUUUUAUCAGAUGUCUAUUAUUAUUUCUAUCAAAUAUAUGCAGACUUUUGGUUUGUUAGGAUGGUGUUUUUUUUUUUUUUUUUGUACUGGUCUCCACCAGACUUCACAUUUUUUUACAAAAUUAAAAAGACAUGCCUUUAAGCUAUGUGAAGCUGAUCGACAGAGGAGUCACUGCGGGGGAAACGUGUGCAUAAGCACUCUGAACUAAAACUUUUCAAGAGAUUGGAAGGAAGCCCACAGACACUAGAGCUGCGCAGGGCUCUGAUGUUAAUGUUUGAUAUGCGUGUCUAAAAAAGUGAAUAUAUGAAUGAAUAUUUAAACAUAAUAUACAUCUUUAAUAAUAAUUUAUCUGAAAAUGACAAGUUGAUCCAUGUUAAUUAAAAUACAAACCAUUGUAUACGGUG